CAAAUCAGUAGUUGGGUUGCCUUACGGAAAAACCAUGUGAAUGAUUCGGCAGAAGAAGAUCUGGGCUUACAGAGUCCUACUUGGGCUGGAUAUUCAAUGGGGUCUAGUAGACCAGUGUUGAAUGUGAAAUCGAAAAGUUUACCCAUCUUUUCUCAUGCUCGUGAUCCAUCUAUACCAAGGAUUUGUUUGAGUCCUGAUUCAGAUGAAGAAGAAGAAGGUCAUGAUCAAUCUGAUGAAACUCAAUCAGAACCACCUACUUCAGCUAUCCCGAUUAUGUUAGAUACAUCAGGAUUAUUAUCAGCUAAUCCGACUAUGGAAAGGAGUUUAGAUUUCAAAUGCGCUUUGAUUGCUACUACUACAUCUUCGUCUCCUCCUAGUAAUUCUUCGAACCAUCGAGCAGUCCAACGUCAAGCUUUACUUGCGAACCUUGCAUUGGCUAGACGUCGUAGAACAACAACCACAACAACGAUGACGAAUGAGAAAUCGACGCCUCAGUUUGUGGCACCGGUUUGAAAAUCAAAAUCAACGGAUCAGGUUGACGUUUUCUUUCGUCUCGUUUCUUUUUUCUCGUUACUCUUUUUUUUAUCUUCUCAUUGGAUUCUCUCUGGUAAGAGAACUUGUAAUUCGUUUUGUUCUUUUUUUCUUCUUCUUGUUUGUUCUUGUUUGUUCUUUUUGUGUUUCCUUUUUUUUUUCCUUAAUUAAUUGUUAAUGUUUUAAUCUUUGUUAUUUGCAAGUCUUCUUUCUUCUUUUAUGCAAUUUCUUUUUUUUUUA